UUCAAAACCGCAAAACGUCAAAAUGCUAGAAUUUGAGGAAUAUCUUAGCAUUUUGUUCUUUAAUAAGUAACUUAAAUUCAAAAGAAUUGUACAUUCUGGUAAAGUUUUGCGCGUUUGAUUUAGUUUUACCUUCACUUUAAAACAAAAGUUUAGGAAAUAGUCCAUAUGAAAAACCUAGUUAUCAAAUAAAGUUCUGAUUUGUGAAGCAAAGUGUAUCUAUCUAUCUUCCUCAUCUAUGUAGUGUCUCACGUAAACUGGAAGCAAAGUUAUUUUUACAUGUAGCCUAAUUUUCUAAACUUGUAUUUCCUGUUCUAAAAUUAUUUAAAUAAGUGCAAAAUGGAAGAUAUUAUAUUCAUAGGGGACUGGAUAAAAGAAAGGGAACUUGGAAAAGGAAGUUUUGGCACAGUAGUGCUAUGGAAACACAAAAGAACCGAUGAAAAACUCGCAAUCAAGACAUGUCAGUGGGGAGACGAGCUAAGUGAUAAACAUCGAGAGCGAUGGACGAAGGAGGUGGAGAUGUUACAGACCUGCCGGAACCCUAAUAUUGUUGGAACGAAGGAUCUACCGCCAGAGUUCAUAACCGGAUUACAGCGCGCCAACCCAUCGGGCCUACCUAUUCUGUGUAUGGAGUACUGCAGCGGCGGUGACCUACGACAAGUGCUCAACAAGCCGGAAUCCUGUUCGGGCCUCAAAGAACAACAAAUACGACAGAUACUCAGUGACGUCAGAAAUGCGAUGCAGUUCCUCCAUCAAAACAAGAUAACACAUAGAGAUUUGAAACCGGAAAAUAUUGUUAUGAACAUACUGGAUACUGUGCAGUCUAAUGUAGCUGUACAAGGGCAAAGGAAGGUGAUAUACAAACUCAUUGAUCUUGGCUAUGCUAAAGAAAUUGACUCUAACUCUGUGUGUGCCAGUCUUGUUGGCACUUUACAGUACCUUGCUCCAGAAAUAAUUUACAGCAAGUCCUACAGUAAUUCAGUAGAUUUCUGGUCAUUCGGCUUAGUUGUAUUUGAACUGAUUUGUGGUAGAAGACCAUUCCUCCCAUUUAUGGCCCCUGUCCAAUGGAUGCCACAUGUCAAGAAGAAGGCUCAUGAAAACAUUUGUGUGUAUGAAACCUUCCACGGUGACAUUGAAUAUUCAAAUGAGGUUUUCCCAGAAAAUUUCAUUUCUAAGCCCUUCAAAACUAUGAUAGAACACUGGUUGCAAAUUGCUUUGGAAUGGGAUCCUAAACUCAGAGGAAGGGACACUCCAUCCAGAGUUACAUUCAACAUACCAACAGAACAAAAAGAAGCCACAAGUAAUAUUGUCAUUUAUGAUGUAUUGGAGAGGAUUCUAUCCAAGAAAGUUGUUAAAGUAUUCUCUGUAGCAAAUUUAACUCCCCUUGCAUAUGAAGUGGAUGAUUCUACAACAAUACUGAUGCUUAAAUCUAAAAUAUAUAUUGAAACUAAAAUAUCUACUGGUGAACAGAUUUUAAUUACCCAAAUGAACUACUCUGAGCCUAUGGAUGAUGAGUUCGUUGUCAAAUAUUGGAACGAAAACACCAUGUUUUUCCUAUACAAUAAGUCAUAUGUUCUCAAAGAUAAUAUUGAACCAAUAGUGCCAAUGGCUGUUCAAAGAUCUUUAGAACACCCUAAAGCUUUAUAUAAUUUCAAAAACAGUCAAAAUUUAUACAAAAAUGGCAUGUUCUUUGUCAUGUCUCAAAUGGAAUUGUAUGACUUACUCAUCAAUGGAUUGUUUGUAAGAGCAGAAUCAUUGAAAUGUGAAGGUAAACAUUUGUUACUCAAACAUAAUUCAGUGGAUAAACAUAUUGGGAACCUGCUUGCAAGACAUGAGACUCUGAAAAAGUUGACUGAUGCUGGAAAGCAGCACAUUACAGACUUGAGACAGUCCUCUAAUGGCACUCACCUACUUGGUGGCUUUGACAAAAUAUUCAAAGAUGCAGAUGAUAUUACAGAAAGGAUACAGAAAUUGCAAAUGGCAUGGAAUCAGCUCACGGUGAGACUACAGUCUGCUACAAGACGCAGCAAUGAAGUGAUAACAUCAGACAUCAACAAUUUUGUAGCCAAAUAUAACUAUCAAACAGUGUACACCAAUGCUUACAAAGCAUUUUUGGCUCACAAGAAAAGUGAACAUAUGAACCGAGGAAGAGAGAAACAGUGUCAUGACAUAAUAAAGGUGUGUUAUGACUGUCUUAAACUUAGGAGCAAGAUAUUAGUAGAAGUUCGCCAACAGGCAUUUGUACUUAAACUCCUAGACGUCAGCACAGAGUUUUAUAAAAUUUCUGAUAUUGUUACAAAUGCUGCAGAUAACACGAAUAAAUUAGCUACUGACUUGACCAGUGUUUUGGAAGAACUUACUAAAUGUACAUGGUCUACAAUAAGUCUUGUAGUCAAAGAUGCAGAUGGCAUUUCAAAUGUACCCUACAGUGUGGUGUCCUUUGAAAAAAAGGACUUCAAGAUUGGACAACCAGUGUCAAAUAAUUGCAUUAAAAUGGAGAAAAAAUUGGGAGAUGAUGAAGCUCUUAAGUCCCUUAUUGAGGACAGUGUGAAAAUAAGGAAGAGCCAAAUUAAUCUGUCCAUGAAAUUAAAUUCACAAAAGAAGAUGUUGAAGAAUGCUGAUCUAGAUUUUAGCUUCUUAAAUGAUGCUUAAUAGAAAAUAAAAGUGUGUUCCUUAAGAAUGUGCCUUGCAAUAUAAUACUAUUUAGAUGUAAGAAAAGAUGGUGCUUUUAACUUUAAUAUAUUAUUUUUAUGUUAUAAAUAAUGUUUCUUACUAACUCAUUGAUGGUUUACUGUAAUUAGGUUAUUGUACUUUUAAGUAUGUAUGACGUAUGAUGAUGCAUUUUAUAACUGUUGAUCGUUUGGUUUCUAGUCAAAAACUCAAAAAGGAUAAUAAUUAUAUUGGGUAUUUAUAUUUUAAAA